AUGGGAGUGAAAUGGCACGCCCCUGCAUUCGUACCUCGAAACUAUGGACCCAACUUCAACAACCUUACCGUGGACGACUUUGUGACAAACCCGGGGAAGAUAAACUGGAUGAUGAACCCUAUGCAUAGGAAUGUGCUAGGUGGGAAUCCCGCUCUUCCUAUCCUGCAUCCUCAAGCGAAUAUCUCUGAUAAAAACCCUGAGCUUGUGUGGGAGGAUCAGUUUAAACAAAGCGUUCCCGAUGACUGCCUGACCGACUGUCGCGACUCUCCCACCCUAUCACUUCAAGAAAGGCACGCACGCACCCUGGUCAACGAUCAGAACUCGCGCGGCGUCAGCGGCACCGAGGAGCUCUGCGAAAACCCUCACUCAGUUGGGCCCAGCUAUGCAAACCACCAUGAGCGCGUGUUCUGCCGCAUGACCGACAAGACGCUCUGGCCCUUCUGCGAUAGCGUGGUCUCAAAUAACUGUUUCGACGCCGAGGCCAAGGUCCUGGUGGAGAAGACCAGGCCCGUGGGGAAGCGGACGUUUUACUGGGAUGCCAUCGAGGAUUGGCAUUCUGGAGAUCGAUUCAAGAGGGCUGCUUGA